AGAGUCCCCCGAGGGGACCUAGAGGCUCCGCUCCAGCCGGGCGCGCACUGUGGGGCCGCGGAGGGAGCGCGGGCCAGGGAGGAGGAGCGAAGGUGUAGGACAGAACUUCGCCAGGAACAGGAAACCUACGGCAGGGCAGAGGCGGCGACGGCGGCGCGGGGCCAUCGCGGUGUCCCCAGCAGUGGCCUCGCUGCUUGCGCGCCGGGCUGAGCCGUUCGGACUCCUUGGACCCCACUUUUCUGAGCUCACCGUUGCGCGCAGCGGAGACAGCGGGGACGGCCACAGGAGCUUGAAGCAGCAUGUCUGACAAAAUGUCCAGCUUCCUCUACAUUGGGGACAUCGUGUCCCUCUACGCGGAGGGCUCGGUCAACGGCUUCAUCAGCACCCUGGGGCUGGUGGAUGACCGCUGCGUGGUGCACCCAGAGGCAGGGGACCUUGCCAACCCACCCAAGAAGUUCCGAGACUGCCUUUUCAAGGUGUGCCCUAUGAAUCGAUACUCUGCCCAGAAGCAAUAUUGGAAAGCCAAGCAGGCGAAGCAAGGAAACCACACGGAGGCUGCCUUGCUGAAGAAGCUCCAGCAUGCUGCGGAACUGGAACAAAAACAGAAUGAAUCAGAGAACAGGAAACUUUUGGGAGAAAUCGUGAAAUACAGCAAUGUUAUACAACUGCUCCAUAUAAAAAGCAACAAGUACCUGACUGUCAACAAGAGGUUACCCGCUUUGCUGGAGAAGAACGCCAUGCGUGUGUCACUGGACGCUGCGGGGAAUGAAGGGUCCUGGUUCUACAUCCACCCCUUCUGGAAGCUGAGAAGCGAGGGUGAUAAUAUUGUCGUAGGAGAUAAAGUUGUCCUGAUGCCCGUAAACGCUGGGCAGCCCCUGCACGCCAGCAACGUGGAGCUCCUGGACAACCCCGGCUGCAAAGAGGUGAAUGCUGUCAAUUGUAACACAAGCUGGAAAAUCACCUUGUUCAUGAAAUUCAGCUCCUAUCGGGAGGAUGUACUGAAAGGGGGUGAUGUUGUGAGAUUGUUUCACGCCGAACAAGAGAAGUUUCUGACCUGUGAUGACUAUGAGAAAAAACAGCACAUUUUCCUUCGAACAACCUUACGUCAAUCAGCAACUUCAGCUACUAGCUCUAAAGCACUCUGGGAAAUAGAGGUGGUUCACCACGAUCCGUGCCGGGGCGGUGCAGGACAGUGGAACAGCCUGUUCAGAUUUAAACAUCUUGCAACUGGGAACUACUUAGCUGCAGAGCUUAAUCCUGACUAUCGAGAUGCUCAAAAUGAGGGAAAGACUGUGAGAGAUGGAGAGCUUCCCACUUCAAAGAAAAAGCGCCAGGCAGGGGAGAAGAUCAUGUACACUUUGGUCUCCGUUCCGCACGGAAAUGACAUCGCGUCCCUUUUUGAACUCGAUGCCACAACUCUUCAGAGAGCUGACUGCCUGGUUCCAAGGAACUCCUAUGUGCGGUUAAGGCAUUUAUGCACCAACACGUGGGUCACGAGCACCAGUAUCCCCAUAGACACGGAGGAAGAGAGGCCUGUCAUGCUGAAGAUCGGAACCUGCCAGACUAAAGAAGACAAAGAAGCCUUUGCCAUUGUGUGUGUCCCGCUGUCUGAGGUCCGAGACCUGGACUUCGCCAAUGACGCCAACAAAGUGCUGGCAACCACAGUUAAGAAGCUGGAGAACGGCAGCAUCACUCAGAACGAGAGGCGGUUUGUCACUAAGCUGUUGGAAGACCUCAUCUUCUUUGUGGCUGAUGUCACUAACAACGGACAAGACGUUCUGGAUGUGGUCAUCACCAAGCCAAACCGGGAACGGCAGAAACUCAUGAGGGAACAGAACAUCCUGGCACAGGUGUUCGGGAUCCUUAAGGCGCCUUUCAAGGAGAAGGCGGGCGAGGGCUCCAUGCUGAGGCUGGAGGACCUGGGCGACCAGCGCUACGCGCCCUACAAGUACGUGCUGCGCCUCUGCUACCGCGUGCUGCGGCAUUCGCAGCAGGACUACAGGAAGAACCAGGAAUAUAUCGCUAAGAACUUCUGCGUUAUGCAGUCCCAGAUUGGCUACGAUAUUUUAGCAGAAGAUACGAUCCACAGCCUGUUACACAACAACCGCAAACUACUGGAGAAACACAUCACAGCCAAAGAGAUCGAGACCUUCGUCAGCCUGCUCAGGAGGAAUUCCCCACCUAGGUUUCUGGACUAUUUGUCUGAUCUCUGUGUGUCCAACAGCACUGCCAUCCCCAUCACUCAGGAACUCAUCUGCAAAUUCAUGCUGAGUCCUGGCAAUGCGGACAUCCUCAUUCAGACAAAGCUGGUGUCCAUGCAAGUGGAAAACCCCAUGGAGAGCUCCAUCCUUCCCGACGACAUUGACGAUGAGGAGGUUUGGCUUUAUUGGAUUGACAGCAACAAGGAGCCUCACGGCAAGGCCAUCAGGCACCUCGCCCAGGAAGCCAAGGAGGGCACCAAGGCUGACCUAGAAGUUCUGACCUAUUAUAGGUACCAGCUAAACCUCUUUGCGAGAAUGUGCUUGGACCGCCAGUAUCUGGCCAUCAACCAGAUCUCCACACAGCUGUCUGUAGACCUGAUCCUUCGGUGUGUGUCUGAUGAGAGCCUGCCCUUUGACCUCCGAGCUUCUUUCUGUCGACUCAUGCUCCACAUGCAUGUUGACCGGGAUCCCCAGGAGUCUGUGGUUCCUGUUCGCUAUGCCCGGCUCUGGACCGAAAUCCCUACAAAGAUCACCAUUCAUGAGUACGACUCUACCACAGACUCUUCCAGAAAUGACAUGAAGAGGAAAUUUGCCCUCACGAUGGAAUUCGUUGAAGAAUAUUUGAAAGAAGUUGUAAAUCAGCCAUUUCCUUUUGGAGACAAAGAGAAAAAUAAACUGACAUUUGAGGUGGUCCACCUGGCCCGGAACCUGAUCUACUUUGGAUUCUACAGCUUCAGCGAGCUGCUGAGGCUGACGAGGACGCUGCUGGCCAUCCUCGACAUCGUCCAGGCCCCCGCGUCAUCCUACUUCGAAAGACUGAGCAAAUUUCAAGAUGGAAGCAACAAUGUCAUGAGGACCAUCCACGGGGUGGGAGAGAUGAUGACCCAGAUGGUGCUCAGCAGGGGCUCCAUCUUCCCAGUGAGUGUGCCCGAUGCACAGCCCAGCGUUCACCUCAGCAAGCAGGCGAGCCCCGGCGAGCAGGAGGAUGUGACCGUGAUGGACACCAAGCUGAAGGUCAUUGAGAUUUUACAGUUCAUCCUGAGCGUCAGACUGGACUACCUAAAAUACCCGGAUCGCCUACAUCUCUCCGUAUACAAGAAGGAGUUUGGGGAGAACAAUGACAACGGGGAACUCUCUGCCAACAACUCCCCAGACACACUGCUGCCGUCAGCGAUCGUUCCUGACAGCGACGAGACGGCUCAGGCAGAAACGAUGUUUGCCGGAAGAAAGGAGAAAACCCCAGUUCAGCUUGAUGACGAAGGAGGCAGGACGUUCUUACGCGUCCUCAUCCACCUGAUCAUGCACGACUACCCUCCGCUGCUGUCGGGAGCCCUGCAGCUGCUCUUCAAGCACUUCAGCCAGAGAGCGGAGGUGUUGCAGGCCUUUAAACAGGUGCAGUUACUAGUGUCGAACCAAGAUGUUGAUAACUACAAGCAAAUUAAGGCAGAUCUCGACCAGCUUCGGCUGACGGUGGAAAAAUCUGAGCUGUGGUAGAAGAGCAGCAGCUACGAGAAUGGAGAGCUCGGUGAAGGACAGGCCAAAGGAGGCGAAGAGACCAAUGAGGAAUUAAAUAUUUGGGGUCCGGUGCAGGAUGGCACGAAGACCCCACAAAUCGAUAGCAACAAAGGCAACAACUCCGGAUCGUCAAAGAGGUCAGCAGACAGGCAUCUGAUUAGGUUGAGUAAGCUCUGUGUGCAGAACAAGAAGUGUCGUAACCAACACCAGCGGCUGCUGAAGAACAUGGGGGCUCACUCGGUGGUGCUGGACCUUCUGCAGAUCCCCUACGAGAAGAAUGAUGAAAAAAUGAAUGAGGUGAUGGGUUUGGCCACACCUUCCUGCAGAGCUUCUGCCGCGGGGAACCAACAGAACCAAGUUCUCCUUCACAAGCAUCUCAAUUUGUUCCUGACUCCCGGACUCCUCGAGGCGGAAACCAUGCGGCACAUCUUCAUGAACAAUUACCAUCUGUGCAACGAGAUCAGCGACAGGGUCGUCCAGCACUUCGUGCACUGCAUCGAGACACACGGCCGCCACGUGGAGUACCUGAGGUUCCUGCAGACCAUCGUGAAAGCGGACGGCAAAUACGUGAAGAAAUGCCAGGAUAUGGUCAUGACCGAGCUGAUUAACGGGGGUGAAGACGUGCUGAUAUUCUACAACGACAGAGCGUCGUUCCCCGUCCUCCUCAACAUGAUGUGCUCCGAGAGAGCCCGCGGGGAUGAGAGUGGCCCCCUGGCCUACCACAUCACCCUCGUGGAGCUGCUGGCAGCAUGCACGGAAGGGAAGAAUGUCUACACUGAGAUCAAGUGCAAUUCUCUCCUGCCCCUGGAUGACAUCGUGAGGGUGGUGACCCAUGACGACUGUAUCCCCGAGGUCAAGAUUGCGUAUGUGAACUUCGUCAAUCACUGCUACGUCGAUACGGAGGUGGAGAUGAAAGAAAUCUACACAAGUAACCACAUUUGGAAGUUAUUCGAGAAUUUUUUGGUGGAUAUGGCAAGGGUCUGUAACACCACCACCGACAGGAAACACGCAGACACCUUCCUGGAGAGAUGUGUGACCGAGUCAGUCAUGAACAUCGUGAGCGGCUUCUUCAACUCGCCAUUCUCAGACAACAGUACCAGCCUGCAGACCCACCAGCCCGUCUUUAUCCAGCUGCUGCAAUCUGCCUUCAGAAUUUACAACUGCACCUGGCCCAACCCGGCCCAGAAGGCCUCGGUGGAGUCCUGCAUCAGGGCACUCGCUGAAGUGGCCAAAAAUCGUGGGAUUGCAAUCCCUGUCGACUUGGACGGCCAGGUGAACACACUUUUCAUGAAGAACCAUUCAAGUACGGUGCAGAGAGCAGCCAUGGGCUGGAGGCUCUCAGCCCGCUCUGGACCUCGCUUCAAGGAAGCUCUUGGAGGGCCAGCAUGGGAUUACAGGAAUAUCAUCGAGAAGUUACAGGACGUUGUCGCCUCCCUGGAGCAGCAGUUCAGCCCCAUGAUGCAGGCCGAGUUCUCCGUGCUCGUGGAUGUGCUGUACAGUCCGGAGCUGCUCUUUCCAGAGGGAAGUGACGCCAGGAUAAGAUGCGGAGCCUUCAUGUCAAAGCUGAUCAAUCACACAAAGAAACUGAUGGAGAAAGAAGAGAAACUGUGCAUUAAAAUCCUCCAGACCUUAAGGGAGAUGCUGGAGAAGAAGGACAGCUUUGUGGAAGAGGGUAGUAUACUCCGGAAAAUCCUUCUGAAUCGGUACUUCAAAGGUGACCAUGGGGUUGGCGCCAACGGACCCCUGUCAGGGGCCUAUGCGAAGACCGCACAAGUGGGAGGAGGCUUCUCUGGGCAGGAUGCAGAUAAGAUGGGGAUUUCCAUGUCUGAUAUCCAGUGUCUGCUGGACAAGGAAGGAGCAUCCGAGCUUGUCAUUGAUGUCAUCGUCAACACCAAGAAUGACAGGAUCUUUUCCGAAGGCAUUUUGCUGGGCAUCGCCUUGCUGGAGGGAGGAAACACGCAAAACCAGAAUUCUUUCUACAAGCAGUUGCAUGAGCAGAAAAAGUCGGAAAAAUUCUUCAAAGUCCUUUAUGAUCGGAUGAAGGCUGCUCAGAAAGAGAUCAGAUCCACGGUGACUGUCAACACCAUAGACUUAGGGAGCAAGAAGAGAGAGGACGACUAUGACCUCAUCGCCUCGGGCCCGCGGAUGAGAGUGAGAGAUCCAUCACUUCAUUUGAAAGAGGGAAUGAAAGGGCAGCUGACAGAGGCAUCUUCAGCCACAUCCAAAGCCUACUGUGUGUACAGAAGAGAAAUGGACCCAGAGAUAGACAUUGUGUGCCCAGGACCCGAAGCAGGAAGUGCAGAGGAAAAGUCUGCGGAGGAAGUUACCAUGAGCCCCGCCAUCACCAUUAUGCGGCCCAUUCUCAGGUUCCUGCAGCUACUGUGUGAGAAUCACAACCGAGAGCUACAGAACUUCUUGAGGAACCAGAACAAUAAAACGAACCACAACCUCGUGUGCGAGACGCUUCAGUUUCUGGACUGCAUCUGCGGGAGCACCACGGGCGGCCUGGGCCUGCUGGGGCUCUACAUCAACGAGAAGAAUGUAGCGCUGGUCAACCAGACCCUGGAGAGCUUGACGGAGUACUGCCAGGGCCCGUGCCACGAAAACCAGACCUGCAUUGCCACUCACGAAUCGAAUGGGAUCGACAUCAUCAUCUCCCUGAUUCUCAGUGACAUCAACCCUCUUGGCAAAUACAGAAUGGACUUGGUGUUGCAGCUGAAGAACAACGCCUCCAAGCUUUUGCUGGCCAUCAUGGAGAGCAGACAUGACAGCGAGAACGCAGAGAGAAUUCUCUUCAACAUGAGACCCAAAGAACUGGUGGAUGUGAUGAAGCAAGCCUAUAACCAAGGACUGGAAAGUGACCAUGGGGACGAGGAGGGAGGGGAUGACGGUGUUUCUCCAAAGGACGUUGGUCACAACAUCUACAUUCUGGCCCAUCAGUUGGCUCGCCACAACAAACCUCUGCAGCUGAUGCUCAAGCCUGGGUCUGAUCCCGAAGAAGGGGACGAAGCCCUGAAGUAUUACGCCAACCACACCGCACAGAUCGAGAUCGUGCGGCAUGACAGGACUAUGGAGCAGAUUGUCUUCCCCGUUCCCAACAUCUGUGAAUUCCUCACACGGGAAUCCAAGUACCGCGUGUUCAACACCACGGAGAGGGAUGAGCAGGGAAGCAAGGUGAACGACUUCUUCCAGCAGACAGAGGACCUCUACAAUGAGAUGAAAUGGCAGAAGAAGAUCAGAAACAACCCCGCCCUCUUCUGGUUCUCCAGGCACAUCUCUCUCUGGGGGAGCAUCUCCUUCAACCUGGCUGUGUUCAUCAACCUGGCUGUGGCCCUCUUCUACCCGUUUGGGGAUGACGGUGAUGAAGGUACACUUUCCCCCUUCUUCUCCGUCCUCCUUUGGAUAGCAGUGGCUGUCUGCACAUCCAUGCUGUUUUUCUUCUCCAAGCCUGUGGGUAUCCGGCCAUUUCUAGUAUCUAUCAUGCUCAGAUCGAUAUACACCAUCGGCCUGGGACCAACGCUAAUACUUCUUGGUGCUGCUAACCUGUGUAAUAAAAUCGUGUUCCUGGUGAGCUUUGUGGGAAACCGAGGCACGUUCACCCGAGGUUAUCGAGCGGUCAUCCUGGACAUGGCCUUUCUCUACCACGUGGCAUAUGUCUUGGUUUGCAUGCUCGGCCUCUUUGUCCACGAGUUCUUCUACAGCUUCCUGCUCUUCGAUUUGGUGUACAGAGAAGAGACCCUGCUGAACGUCAUCAAGAGCGUCACUCGGAAUGGCCGCUCCAUCAUCCUGACCGCCGUCUUGGCUCUCAUUCUCGUCUACCUGUUCUCCAUCAUUGGCUUCCUUUUCCUGAAGGAUGACUUCACCAUGGAAGUGGACAGACUGAAAACCAGAGCACCAGUCACAGGUAAUCACGGGGCUCCCACGAUGACCCUACCUUCCAUGAUGGGAACAUGCCAAAAGGAGAACUGCUCACCCAUGAUCCCCCCUUUGAACACAGCUGAUGAAGGCAGUGAAGACGGAAUAGAAAGGACGUGCGACACCCUGCUCAUGUGCAUCGUCACGGUGCUCAACCAGGGCCUCAGGAACGGCGGUGGAGUGGGCGACGUGCUGAGACGACCCUCGAAAGAUGAGCCCUUGUUUGCUGCCCGGGUGAUUUAUGACCUCCUUUUCUUCUUCAUCGUCAUUAUUAUCGUCCUUAACCUGAUUUUUGGUGUGAUCAUUGACACCUUUGCUGACCUCAGAAGUGAGAAGCAGAAGAAAGAAGAAAUUCUGAAGACAACUUGUUUCAUCUGCGGCCUGGAGAGGGACAAGUUUGACAAUAAGACAGUCUCCUUUGAGGAGCACAUCAAGUCAGAACACAACAUGUGGCAUUACCUGUACUUCAUCGUCCUGGUGAAGGUGAAGGACCCGACAGAAUACACCGGGCCGGAGAGCUACGUGGCGCAGAUGAUCGCGGAGAAGAAUUUGGACUGGUUUCCCCGGAUGCGAGCCAUGUCCCUUGUCAGCAAUGAAGGUGACAGUGAGCAAAAUGAGAUGCGGAACCUGCAGGAGAAGCUGGAGAGCACCAUGAGUCUGGUGAAGCAGCUCUCUGGGCAGCUGGCGGAGCUGAAGGAGCAGAUGACAGAACAAAGGAAGAACAAGCAGAGGCUGGGCUUCCUUGGAUCAAACACACCCCAUGUGAACCAUCACAUGCCACCGCACUGACACCAUGGGGGCAUGCCGUGACCAGCCUUUCAUCAGAUGCCCGCCUCAUCACUGAAGGAAGGAUGGAGAUGGAGGGAGCAAACAGUGGCUAUUGUUGAAAAGCUAAAAAACAGCCAAGUGCCAAGAUGCUGAGCCAUUUAGCUCCCAGAACAAUCCGUAACUGUGUUUUCACGCUUGAGAAGACUCAAGCUAAAAAACAGCGCAGGGCACAGACUCUCCGUGCAGCAGGAAGUCAGGCCAGGGGGUGGCGGGGCAGACCUCCCCCUGCUCAAUCAAUAGGCCUUCGACUUGUCUCACAUGCUGACUGCAGACUCUGUCACGGAUGGCUGGAAUUUAUUUCUUCGAAUUGCAGCAAACAGGUCAGAAGCAGGAAGCCACACUUUGGUGGCUGGGAGUCUGACUCACAAAAAAAAAAUUUAAAAGAUUAAAAACGCAACUCGGAGAGUUGAAAAAGAAAUCUCAUGAAGCUUUCAAACCUUCCAUGUUCCUACUGGACAGCUUCUUCAUGGCCAUGAAACGUGAUGAGCUCAGAGCUCUACACACCUGGUGCUUUGGGGUUCACACACCACACACUGAACAGAUAACUGGAGGAGGGGUCACGGUCCCCAGGACUCUGUGCAGGGCUGCACAGAUGGAAAGCCACAGAGCUGACUGAGAAUGCACUUCAGGUCACAUGCAUGCUAAGAUCAUGGAAGAAGAGAAGCUUGGCCAGGAAAUAGUGUUGGGUGCAGAUGCUAUUUAAAUGUACUGGUAUUAAUAAAGCAAACACUCAAAGGUGACAGAAAACAUUGAGCAACUUGCUGUGGUGGGUUUGCCUUUCAAAAGCAUGGAGUGAAAGCAAGUUGGUUUGUAUUUGUGGUGUUUGCGGACCUGAGUGUUUGCUCUCUCUGCGCCUGCGGGAGGGAAACCUAAGAAAUGCACCGGCUAUACAAGGACGUGCAGAUUUCGAUGGCAUGUUUAAGACUGUUACAGUAACGGCAUUUCAACAUAGAGCAGAUCAUAAUUCCUUCCCCCAAACUGUUUUCGUGUUGAAUCUUGAAACCAGAACUUAUCGAGGCGGAACGUAACAUGGGUGGGUAGCUUAUUUGGGGAGGCUAUUUGAGGCGGUAGAGCCAGACAGAGAUGAGCAACAAGUGGGAUCUGCUCUGUGGUAAGGUCCCACGAGCCAUGCACAGUGCUCUGAGCCAGGCUGGUCCCACGAGCCAUGCACUGCGCUCUGAACCAGGCUGGUUUCACGAGCCAUGCACUGCGCUCUGAACCAGGCUGGUUUCACGAGCCAUGCACUGCGCUCUGAGCCAGGCUGGUCCCACGAGCCAUGGCACUGCGCUCUGAGCCGGGCUCUUCUGGUGGACCCUCAGGCCUCCAGAUCCUUUCAGCUUCCAACCACCAAGGGCCACAUGGCAUUUGUCACAAAGACUAAAGACAGUUUUAGCUGUUGACUCCUAAAAAAAUUUAAAUCCCUGGUCUGUGUAUACAGCCAUUCUAUGCAGGCAGGAGGUCCUCAUGGACCUACCUUCUGCUUCUUAGGUGGAGCCGUGAGACCUAGUACAAUGCACUAACUCUACCCACAGACACUAAAACCACCCUAAAUUAAGAUGUGGUCUUGGACAGGGUCGUGCUUCUCAUAGCCUGAAGUCGGAGGAUGCUGAUGCUCGUGACGGAAGAUGUUCUGGCCUAAUACAGUGCCACGCUGACCUUUGACCCAUGUCCAAGAUCUGCCGCAGUUACCUUUAAUUCUUUGGUGUCACCAAAACUAAACUAAAGCAGCCAUUUUUAAAACCCAAGGCCACCAGUGCCGCGACAGUAGUUGAUAGAGUAGAGUAAACUGGGCAAGCGGGCAAGCGGGCAAGCCAGGCAAGCAGGCAAGCCGCAGAAGGGAAGGUGUGAGCCGCAGUGCAGUGUGACCUGACGUCGGAGCCAGUGCAGCCGCUCACUGUCUGACACUGUAUUUUCUCCAGCGGGACACAUCCAAAAGAGAUGCCGCCUAAUGAGGCUCUCACUAUGUUUAGUAUGUCUGUUAUUUUUUCAGCUGCGUUUUCUUUCUUCCCUUUCUACAAGAUUAAAGGUUAUGAAACAAAAUUUUAAAAAGCAAAUGAAACAAAAGGCACUUUUUAGGUCCCUGAAUUCAUAAAGAUAUCAAAAAAAGGCAACUUGAUGUCUGGCAAGAGUUUCCAUUUGUCAUGUGUGUUUGUUAACACAACUGGAUUGUUUGAAGUCAGUGUGCUUGGCGUACUCAUACGUAUAUAGCAAUAUUAAAACCACAGCCACCUCUGACUUCUGUGCUAGGGAGGGUUUUUUAAUAUUUAGGUUAUUAAAAUCCAUAUUGGUUAAAAGUUGCGGUUCCCACUGAAUAAUAUUUUUAAUUUACAGAAGGGUUUGCUCCCCUGUGUGUUCCAUUCUGAGGCUCAAGAGUUUAAUGAGAGAUGUCUUCUAAAUUAAAACAAUCAUUGGAGAUCAGAGCUCUGCACUGUCUGGGGAGAGAAUAUUGACCAGUUAGUUGUAUGCAUGCAAAGAUGGAAUUUUCCACCCUUUUAGAAAGUUAAGUUACCAAAGGGCUUAUUUUCCUGAAUCUGCCAUUUUCUCUUCCCUGUGGAUGAAGAUUGCGGUAUCUGGUAGACUGUUGAAGCCGAUGCAUCUGAAUCAGAGCUGAUCCUGUGAUGAUCCAGCCCAGGGUUUUGACUGCCAUUCAGCGACCGACUGCAAUGUGGUGCAACUCCGUCUCCUGGACUGAGUGUGAGUAAGGAGACCUGGGAGCUGGUGAUGAAGACUCAGACUGGACCUCACUUCCCAGGACGCCACCUAACCAGAAAGAAACAGGCAAAGCUCACCUUCAGGGACUGAGGAGAUUCAGAAACCAAGGUACACAAGAGGUGACUAGUGACUUGGGAGAGAUGACAUCAUGACUCGGGAGAGAUGAGAUCAUGACUCAGAACCCUUAACCAUGCGACCAGCCAUGCUGUGUGGAAGAGCAACCAGAGGAUGACAUACGCCUGGCAGCUGUUUCAAAGCUUUGUAGCAAUGUCCUGGCCUGGAGACCCCUUCUAAGCUACUGUGAGAUGCAAUACCGUGAGCCCUGGAGGAAAUGGGCUUCUUAACCCAGACACGGCAGCUGCAUGAGCCAGGUGAAGAGCUAGCUAAGCUGUCUUCAUCCCUGAGGCUCCUGCCCUGAGCAAGUGGGGGGAGGCUCGUAAGUCAUGAUAAGCUCUCUAUUUUCAAAAUGUGAUAGCCAAUUCCGGUUUUCAAAAACCACCGGAGGCUACCCAAGGCCCUCCCGUGAGACUCCCGUGUAGAAGAUGACACAGGGCGAAAAUCCAACAGAACUGAGCACGCGUGAAAACUGAGAAUUCUGCAGCCAACUUUAGUUCCUCCUCCCAUGGGAGUGUCCCCAGGCUUGAGAAGUUUAUGAAGUCAUUGUGCCAGGACUCAUGUCACCAAAUGGAUUAAUUCUCUUACCUCUAGCAAGAAAGAAUGUCUAUGUUGUCCUUUAAAAAGGUGAAUUUUAACAUUUCAUCAGGGCUGGUUAACUUAUUAGUAAUAUUAAUAAAAUGAAUUUUCAUCUUG